CUCCUGUUUCUCUCCAUCUCCUCUUUCUCUCCAUCUCCUCUUUCUCUCCAUCUCCUCUUUCUCUCCAUCUGCCCUCUUGUCUAUAUCGCCCUCUGUUAAAGUUGUCUCUCUCUCUCUCCACCUCGGUGUGUAUCCUUGGCGUUUCUUCUCGUUCCGCCUCGCGCGAUUCCGCUGCCGUCUGUGAUGCGCAUAUCCUUUCGCUUUCCCCUUUGUGCAUUUUUGCGCCGAUUAACCAGUAUGUCUGCCGCGUCGUCUUCGUCUCCCUUCUCCUCCUCUCGAAGUUCUUCUCUCUCCUCUGUUCCUCGCAGCCUCGGGCGUCUCCGCUGAUCGUCUUCGUCGCUUCACCGGACCGAGGAGCGCCGCAGACACAAGAUGGCUUGUCGCUUCUCGAGGCCGCCACAGGAGAAGAAGUCCGCGCUCGCCACAGCAUUCCCCAUUCAGCGUCUCUCCGGCCGCUUCCUGCCGCCGUCCGCGUUGCUCGAGAACCUCGCCGUUCCGCUCCUGUUCGCUGUAUGCACACACCAAACAGUGCUUCUCCCCGGCGCCGCCGCGCGCGGCAGUCGCUGCUUCGUCUUUCUUCCAUGGCUGCUUCUGGAAGCGAACUGGGGGGCGCUACGAGCUCCGGCCUCUCUUCCUGAGUCCUUCUCCUGUUCCCUCUGCAUCGAAAAGGCGAAGCAGCGGAAGCGAGGAGAGCAGACGAAGGACGAGCAACAGCGAGAGACGCACAGGGAAGCAGAUCGCAAGAAGGAACAGCGAACACAGACAGGAGCAUCUCGCGACAGCGGCAAAGAGCGAGGCUCGUCGCCUACUCGACCUCUGCGUCACGGAGCGAAAGAGGGAGGAGACAGAGGACGAGGAAGGGAGGGAGACGAAUGGAGAGAUGGGAGGGAGAGAUGCGUCACAGAGGAGAGAGGAAGCGGAACAGGUGGACGCGCGAGAGAGAGAUGCGAGAGAGAAGAAGGGAGAUCUCGAAACAGUGGCAAGUCCGUCGGUGCGGCCGCGGCCAUUCGCGCAGCCAGGGAAGCUGCAGACAGCAUAGAGAAGCGCCUCGGAUUCGACCCGGCAAGCGACAUCGUUCGAAAGCGUGGAGAUGCUUUGAAGGCUUCCCUACGAGUUGCCUUGCAACGACGGAAGCCUUCCUUGCCUUCCUCCUCUUGCUCGUCUUCCGACCGUCUCUCUCCUCCUUCAGCUUCCUCGUCUUCCUCUCCCUCUUCUUCCUCUUCCUCUUCUUCGUCUUCGUCUUCCUCUUCUUCGUCUUCGUCUUUGUCUUCUUCUUCUCCUCAGCCGCCGUCUGCACCUUCUUGGCCAUUUCUGUUUUCCCCUGCGUUUGCUUUCGGAGCGUCUGGGGGCUCUGCAUGCUGGCCCGUGAGUCUCCCUGGAGGCUGCGCGCCCCAGCGCAUUCUCGUCGCGCUCGAGAGUCGCGCGACCGCGGUCGCGGCGGCGCAGGAGCUGGCGCGCGUUCGCGGUGUCGCGUUGGGCGCCGAAGUUGGCCUCGCUGUGCGCUUUGCCUUCUGUUCGAGCGAGGCUACGCGGCUUCUCUUCACGACGCAUGCACUGCUGCUCCGCCACCUUCUGCGAGACCCGCUGCUCCUCGGCUGUCGCCUGCUUCUGCUGGAAGUUCCGCACGUCCGCGCCGCUCCUGUCGAUCUGCUCCUGGGCCUGCUGAAGAAGAUCACGGAAAGAAAUCCUUUUCUCCGACUUGUGCUCCUUCUGCCUGACCAUGCCGCAGACGCCGACGCGGUCCGCCUCCUCCAGAGAGGCUUCGACGCGCGCGAUCCCCGCGACCUGUCGUGGCGGAGACACCGGAGAAACGGACGGCUACGCAACGCAGCCGAAACGAAGGGAGACAGAGACGCAAGCAACCGAACUGCGACAGUCCGAGACGCUGCAGACGACAACCAAGGAGACAAAGGCGCACACCGAGAUGACACAGACAACGCUGACGAAGACGCCAGAAGAGACGACCCCGAUGAUAGCGAAGAAGAGACAGGAGACACAGGAGAAGAGUCCAAAUGUCUUUCAGGUCAAGCUGCCUUUGAGACUCGCUGGGCCUUGGCUGGGGGAAUUCCGCGGUCCAGCGUCUCCUCAGAGCCUCGCAAGAGACGGUGGGAUGUGAGGGCGGACGGCUCUUGCGCCUACAACACUGCUGAGCUUCAACGGCUUCACCAGCUCGCUUAUGGAAACACUGUUCAGGUCGAAUUCAUUGCUCCAACUGAUGCAGCAGCUCUCCCUCUUUCUUCGCUCUCUGCUUCCUCGUCUUCCCCGGAUUCUCCGUCUCUGCCUGCGUCUUCAGCUGGUCCUCCUACAGUGUCUUCUCGUCCGACUUCUGCUUGUUCCUCCGCUGCCUCUGUCUCCCAUGGGUCGCCUGCUUCUUCUUCGUCUGCGGCUGCUUCUGCUUCUUCUUCACUUUCGGCUUCUUUGGCCGCUGUGUCUUCAGAGAGGUCGUUUGCCUCUGCUGCUGGGCGUCUCGCGAGGUGUGGUGGUGUGACAGAGGCGAGACAGGUCCGCGAAGAGACAGAGGAGCUGCAGUUCGCGGGAGGCAUCUCGGAGACAGGACCGCGAGAGAGCAAGCGGAGGAAGACCGGAGAAGCAGAAACAGGCAGUGCGCGAGAACGCGACCAAACAGAGAAGCAGGCAGAGGGGCGCCUUUUAGCUCGCGAAAGAAGCAGCGAACGCGCGAGCGGCGAGACGCAGCCUGCCGCGGUCGACGGGGGAGAGCAAAGGAGUCUCUCGGGAGCGAGACGGAACGCGGAAGACGGUGCAACGAGGGAGAAACGCGGAACAACGUCUGGGAGAGGCCUGGAUACAGGGGAGGCACGACGACGGACGGCCAGUGUCGCUACACUCUCUUCGGACUCGUCGAGCGAGGAAGCGGCCUCUGUCUUCUCCAAUGCAAGCAGUGUAACGAGCGACGGUCCAGCGCAAGAUGCAGAAAGCGUCGAAGACUCCGAUGCCUCGCGUUCGAGCGAGGCCGAACGGCUAGCGAAGAAGGAAAAGAAGGGAAAGGGGAAAAACAAGAAGGCGAAGAAAAAGGAGCGAAAACAGAAGAAGAGAAAGAAAAAGCUCGAGAGAGCGCGAGAGCGAACACCCUGGGUUUCCUCUUCGCUCCCCAAAGAGACUGUCUUGCUCUCGAGUGACGACGAUCGAGUGCUCUCUUCUUUCUCCGAAGACGAAUGUAUCCUCCUUGAACCUGACGCGUUUCUCCCCAGUGGCAAACUACGCUGUCCUCGACCCCCCGUUCCGCCUGCUCUUCUCCCAUCCAUAUCGUCUUCCUCUUCUUCUUCCGCUUCUUCCUCUGCGUCUGCCUCUUCUUCCUGUGUGUCUCCGGUGGAAGCAGCCACAGCCGCGCUCUGUGCUGCGGUGGAGCGAGCGUCGUUGCUUCAGCAUGGCGAGCCGGAAGGCGACUUUGUGGGGAGGCGAGGGAGCAAGAAAAGCAAGCGCACUGUGGCGCGUCGGAGAGCCGUGAAGAUGCAGCAGAGAAAGCUGAAGAGUUUAGAGAGUCAGCUUCGAGCGGGAGAGGCUUGCGUGAUUUUGGGGAGGAGCCCCAGCGGUUCGUGGAAGGACUUGCGGUCUGAGUCUCCUGCGAGGCUCCCGAGUGAGCGGCGCGCCUCAGACAUGGAGAGGCCGUCGGAGGAGACAGACCAAGUGUGGGGAGAGAAGCGCGGGAGACAGGACACCGAGAGAGACCGGAGACAUGUUAUCGAAUUCACAACCGCGGGAGUCCACCGCCGAUCCUUUUCCGAGAGGGGCAGUGCAUGCAGUGACGGCGGAAGUGACGAAGCGACCGAAGAUGGAGGCGAGAGACAAACGCAUCAAAUCUCGGCCGGCAACCAGAGGGUGCCUCUCGGAGCCGAGGCAAAGAGUCGUGUGGGGGGGCCUUCUUCUUCCUCUUCAUCUUCUUCCUCUUCAUCUUCUUCUGCUUCGUCUGCCUCUUCUUCUGCUUCGUCUGCAUCUUCUGCUUCGUCUUCAUCGUCUUCUUUUUCCUCUUCUGCCUCUGCUUCUCGCGUUUCCGCCGCCGAUUCGGGAUUCGACAGACAGGAGACUCAGGGCCGUCGGAAAGUUCGUUCUCCUCUCUUCUUCCCGACAUGCAAGCAUGCGCGGCAGUGGCGGACACCCUGCGUGCUCUCUCUGGAAGAGCCUCUCUUCCCCGUCAGUAUUUUCUACCUGCGGGAGCGGGGCUCCGACCUCCUUGCCUGUCUGGUUGACACGGUGCUUGGCUUGCACCUGAAAGAAGGGAAGAAAGUAAAAGGAGACUUUCUUCUCUUUCUCCCCUCAAACUCAGCAGUUGUGGUGGUUCAAAAACGCCUUCGGGAGGCCGCCGAAAAACUCCUUGCUUCUACGGAAACUGCCGUCGGCAUCGACAUCGUUCGACUCUCCGACGCAGAUCCUUUCCUGCCCGUCUUGCCUUCUUCGCUUGCGUCUGCAUCUGCCUCGCGCCGGGUGUUUUUGACGGCUUCGCUGCUGCCGCCGCCCCUGCCGUCGGAGGCGGAUGUGGAACGUUUGCAGAAAGUGGAAGAGCUGAAGGACGCCGUCUUCCCGCAGAUCACCACCGUCGUGGACUGUAUGUACACUCGGCGGUUCGUGAGCCACCCGAGCCACCCGGACCUGUCUGUGUCGGCGCUCAUCCCGAUCGACAGAGGCUCCGCGCUGCUUCGCGCGAACGCGGCGGGCAACGUGAGGCCCGGAGCCGCUUGCUAUCGUCUGCUUCCACGACAUGGACAGAGCGUCUCUUGGUUGUUGAGUCCGCGCGAAGACAACGAAGAAGAAGCACCCGAGGUGCAGCUCGGCAUCGGAGGAGCCGCUGCGGCGAGGGGGCACGCACAGGCCGAGGAAGCGAAGGUGACCACCGACUCGCGGCUGCCUUUGUUUCCAGUGCCGGAUCUUCUUCUCCAGCCUCUUCUCCCGUCGCUGCUUCUGCUCUUCUCUCUCGGAUUCUCGUCGCUGUCGUCGCUUCCUCUGCUCGCGCCGCCGCAGCCUUCCGCCGUGCGUCUCGCGAUGGCGCAGCUGCGAGCUCUGCAGGCAAUCACUCGAGAAGACGACAGAGAAGAAACAGAAAGGAGAAGUCAGGGAGAAGACACGGGAGAUCGCUGUGGGGAAGCUGCCCGCAGUGGCGUUGACAAACGGCGGCGAAAACGAAACGGCCCAGUGCUUUGGACUCUCACGGAGCCUCUUGGAAGAAUGAUGGGGGAAAUCACCAUGAAACCGCAAAUCGUUCGACUUCUCUACGUCAGCAGCCAAGAGACCGCGAGCUGCUCCGUCGAGUGUCUCACCCUCGCUGCGCUGCUCUCACUCCCCUCGCCAUUCCUGUCUCCUGAAGCUGUCGCCGCGCUAUCUCCGGCUUCUUCGUCUCUCUCCGCCGCUUCCGCGGCACUCCGCAGAGCGAAGCAGAGGCUGCGUUUAGUGAAGCAGAUUCUCGGAGUGGUGGGCGGCGAUCUGUUAACUCGGUACAACGCGUUUCAGCAGUGGCAACUGCACAGAGAGAGACUCGGAAACUGGGCGAAAAACCACUGUCUAAACGAGGACGUCCUUGCCAAAGUCCCCGCCGUCGUCGCCUACCUGCGCAGGUGCAUGCAGACCUUCAACCUGCCGUUGGUCAGCUGCGGCGGAGACGGCUUGCAGGUCCAGAAGGCGAUUUGUGCCUCUUUCUUCUUGAACUGCGCCUUCCGAGAAGAAAAUGGCCUCUACUCUCUCCUGACUCCCGCGAACGCUGCGUCGCAUGGUCUGCUUGUUUCGAGCAUGGACGGCGACUUAUCGGAUCCACCCUCGCUCCCUCGUCUCGCUCUCCAUCCUUCCUCUGUGUUGGCCAAUGCCCCGCCGCCGUGGCUGGUUUUCGUUUCGGCGCAGCGGAAGCGGGACGCAGACGGCAACGCUGUUUUUCUCAUGCAAGACGUCACGGCCAUUGACCCUGAGUGGCUGCCGGAGGUCGCGGGUCACCACUUCUGUUCUCUGAGGGAAGCCUGAAGCAGGGCUGGUAAAGAACGGGAGGACAAAAGGGACAGGGAAAACGCCGGAUCUGGAAAAGAAGGAACAAAAGUCGAGCAAGCAACAAAGAACCUCUCCCUGUAGUUUGCGGUACUUUCGCCGCCUGUGUUUACCGCGGGGACUGGAACCGACGAUCAAGUUCUUUGCCUCGAGAGGUUUCGACAUUCGUCACAGUGGAGGGCAAACGGCAAGCGCUGUGUGCGCUGGUUGACGCUGAGAAGCUUCACCGACCUCAGACACUGAGACUAGUUACAGUAGAUCUCAUUGUUUUCUGGAAAUGGAAGUCAGCCGAAAGUCGCGGCAAACGCCGCAACGCUGAAACUUUCCACGCAGGGCUGGUGCGGUACGGAAAAAACGGAUACACGUAGCCAGCCGGUUCUUGAAAGCGCGUUGCACGAGAGGAAGACUCGCAACAGCGAACGCCAUGUGACGUGAACGUUCGAGUUCCGCUGUAUAUUUCUGCGCAAGCUCAAUCGGCAGAGAGGGGAAAAGCAUGUCUUCAGACGUUCUCCACCCAGGCAGAAACUGAGUAGUUUUACUGGCGCCGCGCGUGUAUUUCGA